AGUAACAAGUCGACGAGCUGUCACAUCCGCAUCAGUUCAUCUUGAAAACGCGCACGCUUCGCGCACUCGACAAUUCGCCCUUGAACUUUUCACCCUCAACAUUGAACAUAAAAAAAAAAAAAUACACGUUUCUUUUAAAUUAAUUCAAGCUUUUAUUACAUUUUAAUUAAUUUCAUUUUUUAACUUUUAACAUUUUAAUUAUUACCGCUAAGGCCGAACGUAAAUAUUUUAUUUUUAAUGUAAUUAGUAAUCGUGUGCUCAAAAUGGUCCCACGCUGGUUUAUUUGUGUCACGGUUAUCGGUAUUUGGAUCUCUUCGUGCAAAAGCUUCAACAGUGCCCAGACGACAGUCAAGACAUUUCAAAAUAACACAGUGAUACUACCCUGCCACGUAGACAGUCUCGGUAUUGCGACAAUCGUGCGGUGGUGGCGAGAAGAUACUCUGCUAGCAGACAGCAGUGAUCCAAAUUUAAUACAUCUGCCGCGCAUAAAAAUGUGGGACAAUAUGAGCUUGGAGGUGUCACAAGUGCAGCCAGAAGAUUCCGGAAAAUAUGUUUGUCAAGCUUCAAGGCCGGCCCCUUGGGGCCACGUUACACAAGUCCAAGCUAUCGAAGUUUUGUAUCCACCGAGUGUUCAUUCAGUACCUGAAGCAGGAGAACUCGAGGUAAACUUUGGUGAUGAAGUAGAAAUGGCUUGUAUCGCUAAAGGAGUGCCCUAUCCAAGCAUAUCAUGGAAAAUGAAGGAUGAAGAGAUGAAAUUGCUGGAUGAGAGAUCAAAGCUCAGAUUCCGUGCUGACAAUCGCAGUCUCUCUGGUCGAUACACCUGCGUCGCUGAUAAUGGAAUUGGCGAGCCAGCGACCGCUUCCAUAGACCUGCGGAUACGAUAUAAACCAGAGAUCGAGGCCAAGAAGAGUUGGACCCACGCGUCCCCUGGAAUAAGGGCGCAGCUAGACUGCAAAGUAACCGCUUACCCUGACGCGAAAGUCGACUGGUUUAUAGAAAAUGACAAGGUGGUGUACUCAUCAAGAAUUGUCAAGUACAUCAGCGGGCAGAUCCACAGCCUGGUGAUAAGAAACGUCAGGCCGAGUGACUACGGUUACUACAUCUGUCGAGCCGCUAAUGAUUUAGGAAUCAGUGAAACAAGUAUUGAGUUGUCCGGAAUAGCCAACGCGGCUAUUUUUAAAGAAUCCAAUGUUAUUGGUACGAAUGCUUAUAAUUUCAUAUGGGAAGUUGACAGCUACAUACCGAUUAUCGAGUACCAAUUCUGGUUUCGCAAGUACUCGCCAGCAGAUCGUGGUCGUGACUGGCACAAGCUAUUCAUCCCCAGUGGAAGUGAUGCGAUUGGUCCUCUUCAUGCCAAGUCCUUUAAUCUAACAGGACUAGCGCCUGAAACUCACUACGAGGCACUUGUAUUGUCUAGAAAUCGAUAUGGGUGGAGCAAGCCGUCCAAGAUCCUACGGUUUGCCACUGAAGGAGUCGCUCGUAAAGAUCAUUACAAAGUUGAGCCAGCUUAUGAUGGAUCACCAUUAGUUGUAAUGAGUGAUUCACCAACACCACGGUCUGAAACCCUCAACAGUGCCGCCGUUGUUACGACGAGAAAUUCAACUCUAAGUAUAGUCCUCGUGUUAUUUUUAUUAUCAAUAUCUUUGGAACAGUUGUCAAAUAUUAUCAGUUAGAGAUUAAGGUUUAUUUUUUAUUACGAAUUAAUGUUAAUGUUAGAUAUGUUAAGGCUAAAAUUAUUGUAUUGUGCGUCAAUGUUGAUGAUGAUUGUGAUGGUGAUGAUGAUGAGCGUCUUUCAAUUAGUUAAAAACAGUCUGUCAUUGUUAUUUAUUCGAGCACGAUUGUACAGUAGACGAUAAGUCGAGAGAAGUGGUGACUCAUCACUGACAAUUGUAUGUUUUGUAUGAGUACAGCGGUGAUAAUUAGAUAGAUUUAAUAUGAUAUAUAUAUAUUUAUAAAUGUAAGUUGUAUGAAUGUGACGUCUCAAAGCGUGAUGCACUGUUUUUUAUUUUUUU